UGAAUUUGUUCCCAACAUAGAAUGAGUAAAGGACUAUAUUACUUACCCAAUAUAUCUUAUCUUCGUUCUAGGAAUGCUGGUUUUGAUCCUGCAGUAAUUCGAGUAGACACAUAUGGCAAUGUUCUCUACUACCAUGCCGAUUCAGCUUCCCCUCUUGCUUGGGAGAUUGAUCAUUGGUUUCCUUGCUCAAGUACUUAUUUUCCCUUUCUUUCUUAUUUCAUCACCCUUUUCCUCUGGCUUCACUUAUUGAGGUGUAAUGGAUUUGUAGGGGGAGGAUUGACAGUGCCAAGCAACCUCAGGAUCCUGCAAUGGCAAGCAUGCAAGAAAAAGCACAAUAAGCUUGAAUUUCUUGUUCCAUGGUGGGAUCUACAGCUGGGUGUUUCCAUAAACCAGUUCUUAUCCGUGUUUGCUUCCACAAAUUCCGAUUUCAGGCACCGAGCAUUUUCCUUCUUGUUUAAGGAAGGUGAAUAUGAGGAAUUAAAUGAUUCACAAACAGUAGACUCACAUUGUUUUCCACAACAUUUUGUGGAGUCAAAGAAGCAACUUGGCCUUGCUCCUGCUGCUAUUGUUGUAUCUAGAAGGGACCCUUAUGAUCCCUCAUCGGCUUUGAAAUCACUGGACUGCAAUAGACAGAUAAGGCCACAUUCUCCUGUAAUUGCUGCAAGGAAAGCGAAACCCAGUGCAUUAAAAGAGAACGAAAACCCCGAUUUCUUUACGAAUCCAUAUCAGGCCAUUGUCAUGGCGAGAGAUUCCCUGAAACAAAGAGAAGAAGCUCAAAGGAUGCAAACUGAAAUACAGAAACUGGAUGAGGAUGUGAAUGAAAUGAGAAGGAAAAAUGAUGAGGAAAAGGUUACAAUUCAAGACUUGGAGAUGAAGCUAAUAAAGCAUAGAAGAAGAGUGGAAAAGUGCAGGAAGUUAUCUGAGGCUCAAUCAUCAUAUAGGACUGUGCUAGAAAAGAUGAUUAGGGACGCUAUGCACCAGAGUGUCGUUUACAAGGAACAGGUGAGGCUGAACCAGGCUGCUAGUAGUGCACUUAUGGCAAGACUGGAAGCGCAAAAAGCAAUAUGUGAUGCUUCUGAAAAAGAACUUCACAAGAAAUUUAAACAACGAGAUGAGCUUGAGAAGCAGAUAAGACCUGAAUGGGAAGAAGCAAGAAAGAGAUCAAGACUGGAUUAUUCUUUACUUGAAGAAAGAGAGAAUAAGGCCAUUCUUCAUCUUCCAGGAAUCAGACCAAGAAUGCCUUUACACAAGGAACUGAGAGUGUUCCUAGAUGAAGAAUAUAAAGCAUCAGAAGCUGGUCUGUCUCUUGACAAAGAUCAAAGGCCGCAAGAAAUAGAAGGGACACUGCAGAAUCCUGCAAAACACAUCGCAAAAGAGAAGUUCGAUGAGCCUGAUAAAUCCAUUAUUGCUUUAGUAGAUGAAAAUUCAAUUGAGGAUAAUCUUCAGAGACUAGAAAUUAGAGAAGGAAAGAGACACAGCAUUCAAUUAUCAGCACUUCAAGAAUCAGAAAUUGAGGAAGAUGAAGAGAGCAGAAGGCAACGUGGGAAAGGGAAUGUUGAGAGAUGGCUCCAAUUGCUGUUAGAGAACUCACAAGAAGAAGUGGAUACUCAAGCUCAGGACAAAAUUGAAGCAAGCAAGAGUGAAGUCAUGAACAAGCUCAACCCCAAGUAUCCUCAGAUGGAGAAGCAAAAUGCAAGUUCAGAAUCGUCAAAAAUUGUUCAAGAAAAAGAUCAUGGAAAGAGAAUGGAAAGAGAAGUGGAUACUCAAGUUCAGAAUGAAAUUGAAGCAAGCAAGAGUGAUGAAAUCGUCAAAAAGCUCGACUCCAAGUAUCCUCAGAUGGAAAAGCAAAAUGCAACCCACCUGCAAGAAGAGAAUAGGAAAAUUGUUCAAGAGAAAGAUCACGGAAAGAGAAUGGAAGAGAUUUUUCCUACACAACAUAGUAAAACACCAAGACAAGAUGACAAUUCUUGUGAAAUGGAGACAAAGGAAAGAAAGAACAAGAACAGAAAGGAAAGAGUGCUUGUGAGGUCCAAGAGUGCCAGGGCACUUCGACGAAUUCCUUCCUCGCCAUCACUGAUCUUGAAAAAGGGUGUGGACUUCAUUAGGAAGAAGCCAACUGUAGUUGGUGAUGAUGGUGAAGAUCAGGCUGUGGGGAACAACUUUAUCAGGUCAUCCAUCAAGUUAAUCAAGAAGGCAGUAAAAUAAUGAAUUUUUAAUGAUUGUUAUAUGAAAUUCCUCAUGAGUGACAGCAUAGCUUCUUGAGCUGAGAAUAAUUCAGUAAAUUUAUGCUCACAAUUUUUUUUUAGUUAUAUAUAUGUAAAAUGUUUAAUUUGUGCUAGUUUGUGAUAACAGCUUGUUGUUUGGUGAUAAUAAUACAAGUUGCAGUGUGUUUAUUCCCAAUUGCUUUCAAUCAUUAUGUCCCAUAUUGAGCUA